AUGGUGCCCUUAAAACAGGGCACCUCCAAUUCCGUCGAGGCGGGCGCUGUGAGCCACCCUAGGAUCUCCUUCUCGGCGGAUUUCCCCGAUGAGGACGAGGGCUUCAUAUCCCUCAUCCCCAAUUCAGGAAUAGAGCUGAACCACAGACCCCGCUGCACUGCAGAGUUCGAGUUCCGCUCAUCAAUCAAGCCCAGCAGCGAAGCCAUGGCGGCGGCGGACGAGCUGUUCUCAGACGGCAGAAUGCUGCCGAUCUGGCAAAUACGCAAUUUCAAGAAACUCAACGAGAUAAGUCGUCUGAGAACGGGUCAAGAGAAGAAGACGGAAAGUGGUAAUAACGCGGCGGCGGAGGAGAUUAUUAGUAGUAACGCGGUGAGUUUGCGCUUUGUCCAGGAGGAUGAUCCUUCUCCGAGGCCGCCCAAAUGCACGACGGUUCUGUUGAGAGAGUUUCUGAGAUUUAGAAAACAACGCGAUUCGUCGUCCACUUCCACUGAUACAAGUGAGAGCCGCAAGGAGAGAAAAGGAAGCAAAGAAAAGGAGGUGAAGAGGAUGAUUAGGAAAGGAUUGGAGAGAAGUACAAAAGCAAGAGUUAUGAAAAUGGGAAGAAAGGGAGAUUAG